CCGAGGGAAGAGCAAUGCGAUGAAAACAGUCCGCAUUGCGUGGUGACAGAUGUCAAAAUAUCCAGGCGUUUGUCAAGUUGCUUAGAGACUCGGACUGACGUUUUAAGUCUUCAAGACUUGCGAAAACGUGUGUUUCUCUCCUCCUCGGCCAUUUCCAUCCCGCCCUCUCUCUCUUUCCCCUCAAUCGCUCACAUUCGCUUGCUCUGCUCAUACGUUUCUGUGACUGUCCCCCGCGCUAGGAAAGGCAGCGGCUGGGCGGUGGCGGCGAGAGGUUGCUUUGCUCGCCUGUAACCUCAGUGGUCCACAGCUGAACGAGGGAAAGACAGUCUUAUCUGGCAAGCCUCAGGACUGCAAGCAGUUUCCACAAUGGCGGAGGCAGGCUCAAAGUCGGAGGUGAACAAUACGGUGCAGGAGUCCUCCCAGCAGAGAGGGGGCGCCACUGGGACACAGACAGCAGACAGCAAGAAGGCCAAUCAGGAGGAUCAGAGGGACGUGGACUCUGCUUCGGACAGGACGACCCCUGGCAAGACCCCCAAAUCUCCUCAAAAGACAUCGAAACGGCUGAAGACCAUCCCGGUCAGGGUGACCUUGCUGGACGCCUCCGAUUACGAGUCUGCGAUUGAGAAGUUCUCCCGAGGUCAGGUCCUGUUUGACAUGGUGUGUGAACAUCUCAAUCUUCUGGAAAAGGACUACUUUGGCCUGACAUUCUGCGACGUGGACAACCAGAAGAGCUGGCUGGACCCGUCCAAAGAAAUCAAGAAACAGAUCCGCUCUGGCCCCUGGAACUUUUCCUUUGCUGUGAAGUUCUACCCACCAGACCCCGCCCAGCUCAUCGAGGACAUCACCAGGUACUAUCUGUGCCUGCAGCUGAGGGAUGACAUGCUGUCUGGGCGUCUGCCCUGCUCCUUCGUCACGCAUGCCCUCCUGGGCUCCUACGCAGUGCAGGCAGAGCUGGGAGACUACGAGCUGGAAGAGCAUGGGUGCGACUAUCUGAGAGAUUUCCGCUUUGCCCCUAACCAGACUCAGGAGCUGGAGGAAAGGGUGAUGGAGCUGCACCGCUCCUACAGGGGCAUGAGUCCUGCCGAGGCAGAGAUGAACUUCCUGGAAAAUGCCAAGAAGCUGUCCAUGUAUGGAGUGGACCUCCACCAGGCCAAGGACUCAGAGGGGAUUGACAUCAUGCUGGGCGUGUCCUCAAAUGGGCUGCUCAUCUAUCGAGACAGGCUGCGGAUCAACCGCUUUGCCUGGCCCAAGAUCCUCAAGAUCUCCUACAAGAGGAGCAACUUCUACAUCAAGAUCCGUCCAGGAGAGUACGAGCAGUUUGAGAGCACCAUUGGCUUCAAGCUUCCCAACCACAGAGCUUCCAAGAGGCUGUGGAAGGUUUGCAUCGAGCACCACACCUUUUUCAGGUUGGUGUCCCCCGAGCCCCCACCCAAAGGUUUCCUGGUGAUUGGUUCCAAGUUCCGCUACAGUGGGCGGACCCAGGCCCAGACCAGACAGGCCAGCGCCCUGAUCGACCGGCCUGCCCCGCAGUUCGAACGCUCGCGUUCCACCAGCAGGAGGUACCUGGACGGAGACCUAUCACAGUCAGGCACUGCCCUCGGGGACAAUCAGGACGGGGCGUCCUACUGUGACUCCAGCGAGCACACCUGUCACCUGUCCAGGGAUGAGAUGGACUACGACCUGGACCAGGAGCAGGAUCAGGCACAGGACCAGGACCAAGAUCUGGACCAAGAUGGCAUCACCUCGCCCACCAAGGUCACAGAGCUCAAGGAGGAUGCAGACUCUUCCAUUGACUCUAAACAGGAGUCGGACCAGGAGUCGACCCCUCGACACAAAAAGGAGUUCCUGGGUAAGUCAGAAGAUGUCCUUCUGAAGCACCAGGCCAGCAUCAAUGAGCUUAAAAGGGCCCUGAAGGAACCCAACAGCAAGCUGGUCCACAGAGAGAAGCGGCGCUCUGGCUCCUCCCCUGGAGCCACGCCCGAGAAGAAGGCUAGGAAUAAAGCGCAGACACCAGCAGAGACUGAGGAGGGGCAGAAAUCAAGGUCCGUUUCCUCCAGUGGGACAGAUGAAGAUGCCAAAGAUCAGAAGGACGACAACAUGAGAGCACGGAAACAACACACGAUUACUGGGAGAGAAACUCUCUCCUCACAGAAAGUCCCUCUCUCUCACGCUACAGAGGGACCUAAAAAGACAGAGAGGAAGGGUAAAGUCAGAGGAGACCAGCUUGCAGAUGGAGGAGUGCGCUCUGAAAACCGUCCCAGGGGAGUAGAGGAGGUAGAGGCCCUUCUGGCGCAGCUUUCCGACUCGAUGGUGGAGGCUGAAGCGAAACAGGUCGCAAAGAGGGAAGCACAAAAACAAUCAGAGAGACAGCUGGAGUGUGGCGGUGAAAGCGUCCCCGCUGUUGACAGAGAGGAAUAUGAACAGAAACAGUGGAUGAUAAACCCUGACAUUAGUGAACAGAAAUAUCCAAACCCCGAGCAUAUGGAGAGAGAUAAGGCUCUAGAAAGGGUCAACAAACAGGAAGGGUUUCAGCCGGAGAAGGGUGAGAGAGUGGCGGGAGGGGUCCACUCUGGAUUGAAAAAGAUUGUUCCCCUGAAACCUGAGAGGUCAAAGAAGUCUGCACGCAAAGGAGGAGGAAAAAACACACCACAACCAGCUCCGUCUAAAGCUGAGAGUCGAGUCCCUGGGAGAGAAGAAGACAACCAGGUGACGGAGUCGACUGAAAGACCCUCUGAAAUGACUAAGCUAGAUGAUGAGGUCUCCUCCCACCCACUGCAGACUCACCCAGUCCUGUCCUCCACUACAUCAAAUGGUGAAGGAGGGGAGCUGUCCCAGCAGCAGGGGGCUGAGCAGCACCGGCCCACAGAGAUAGAGUCUCCAGAGGACCUUGAGUGGCAGCGGGUGGGGCCAUUCUCAAAGCAGAGCACUGGCGCUAUCAAGAACACACUUUGCAAUGCAGAUCCUCCCAAAACUGACCUGGGACCCACAGAAACCCAAUUCUUUAACUCAAAGAGUUCAUCCAACCACAGGAACGCUCCUCCAACUCCUCCCGUGAAAACCCAGAGGGCGAAAGAGAACGGAUCACUGCUCCGAAAUAGCAGGAGCACCGUCAGGGACUCCGCUCUGGAAACCCUGCAGAGGAAGCACGCGGUAACCCCCCUAACUGCCUGGCAUCUGUCAUUGGAAACCAAAAAGCAUCGCAUGAGCUUCAGACGACACUCUGCAACAUGCACUCCUUCCUCGUAUUCAUGACCCGAAUGCACUAACAUGAGACCUCUGUGCCUGAACAUUUGGCGGGAAGUGUGAUGCACUUUGUCCCGGGCUCACGGGCUGAUGCCAUCAGCUCAUUCUCCCUGCAUCUGAGAGGGGAUCUCUCCCGGCCGCCCCCCAUCCUGCUCCAUCUCUUCCUUCUGCACCUCUAACUGCUUGCACAUCAUAGAAUCCUGUAGAGGGCUGCGUGCUGGUUCUAGUGAAGUAGUGUUCAUGCUUUGGCUUGUGGCUUUUCCCCCCUCCUUCUUCCCCUCACUAUCUUGGACCCACGUCUUUCCUUCC